CCACGCCCGCGCGCACGGAACAGCGGAAAAAUGGCGCUAACAAUCCACUGUCCCACUCCCUUCACAGCAAAACUCCAUCGCCGUUUUCACGCGCCUGUCCUUCUGCCACGCUCCACCGGACACAAACUCGUCAUCAAUUCUCAGAGCCAGGACUCAGCUGCCGAAACCGACGACUCCGGCGAAGUAGCAGCAGCCUCGCCAAAGAAGUCGGCCUCGCCGGGCCUAGGGUUCGGAUCGAGUUCUGCAUCUCCGAGCAAGGCGAGUUCUGCGACUGUUACCAGUAAGAGGAAGCAGAAAGGGAAGAGAGAGAGAGUUUCCAUUAUCAGACGUUCGCCGGUGGAGAAGCCAGCUUUCAUUUCGAAGGAAGAUGAGAGCAGAGCGGGGGAGCAGAGUAAGAAUGAGAGUGCAUUCCUUCUCGCUUGGUUAGGUCUCGGUGGAGUUAUUCUCAUCGAAGGCAUUGCUCUCGCUGCUUCUGGCUUCUUACCAGAGGAGUGGGACAAGUUCUUCGUGAAGUAUCUGUACCCGUCCUUCACCCCGACAGUCUUCUUGUUUGUUGCUGGAACUGUUGCAUAUGGAGUAUUGAAGUACCUAGAGAAUGAGCAAAUUAAAGAUAAGAAAUGAUAUAUUUGAUUACAAUUGAUACCCUUUAGAUUGUAUAAACGGCUGCAACUAAAAUUAACUGUACCCCUUACUGCUUUCUGAUCUAAGUUCGUUCCAUUGAGGGGCACAAACAAUGUAUUGUAUGAGAUGAAUAGAGUAUUUUGGUUAGCAAUAGGAACUUUCCCCAUUAAUCUC